UUUUCAGGUAGUAUUGCUUGUGUUUUCAUGUCAGGCGCUGCUCUUGUUUUGGUCCAUGUUAUUGAACUCACUAACUGUGUCCUGAUUACCUGUGUCUAUGUUACAAAAUACUACCUCACCAAAUGGAAUCAGCGGUUAAGUUACGCAGGACAUCUCCCAGAUGGUCAGCAAAUAGAGACACUUACUUCUCCAACACCACGACCAGCUGGCACAACUGGGGAUGGCUAUGGAAGAGGUCCUCUGGGUUCUUCGACAUUUCCAGAGGGGUGUCACCUCCAACCACUGGAGGAUUCUCCACCACCGGUCGAGCCAGCACCCCAGCCUGUCCAAUAGUCCGCCCAUGUCAACGAUGCCCGUUUGUCCCUCCCAGACAAAUGACGGGUAUCCAUCCAAAUCACGUGGCUUCCUACUCCAGUGCUCCCUCUUUCACUCAUCAGAUGAGAGCCCACACCACUGAGAGGUCUAAGGUUGCCACGGUUAUUUCCCUGCAGACCAGGCGAAGUACUAUGAAGAAACCACUGAUCUCGACAACCAUUCAGGGUGUCUUCGCUAGACAGAGGGGAGGGGAGGUGUCCCAUCCACUGGAACCAGUGAGUUCAGAUCACUCUGAUUCUUUGUGCUCUGAGUCGGAGGGGGACCAGCUUGAGGAGCUAGGGGUUCUGCCUAACACCCAGACCUGGAUACACCUGAUGUCCUCCAUUACCAACUACAUAACAUCAGAUACUGUUGUCAUUAUCUGUUAAGUUUUCUUGCUUUAUAAUGUGAGACCCAGAUAAAAAAUUAAACGGAUUUGCUUAUGAAUGGAGUGGAGACUUACUUACUUCGUAGAGUAAGUAACUUUAAUGUGUCACGCAGAUU